AUGCCGCAUCUACUACUAGUAGGUGGUGGCAAUGGUGAGCGCCGGAUGAUGGAGCAGCGGAAAGGAGAGCCUGGGGUAUUUAAUUUCAACUUCUUGGAGGCAUUGGGCAGUCAGCAGCAGCAGCAGCAGCAGCAGCAACAGCAGCAGCAGCAACAGCAGCAGCUCGUUUCCCCGUCGCCAUUCGAAACGCCUCUACAGAAAUCUCCAGUGCCGUUUGAGGGUCUUCAGAGAUCUCCGUUUGAAGCGCUUCAGAAACCGCCGGUGGUGCCAUUUGUGGCGCCGCCUAAGAACCCCCCGCCUCCGGAAGGUCUACUGCACCGUUUGCAAUCACCCCUCUUUGGGAGCGUUCAGAAGCCCACGGUGCAGCAGCUGGGGGAGACUGACGCAAAAUAUUCCUCUGCACCCGCGUUUGCCCUUGGUCUUGGCAGUUUCAAUGCUUUCACUAAUGUUGGUGCGUGUGCUGCUGCCGCUGGUGGUGCUGCUGGUGGGCCGGCUGACGCAGCAGCCGCAAUGCUGCCUGUGGCACGGGACAGCAGCGCUGCAGCAUCGUCCACCAGUGCCGCCUCUGGCAGCGGCAGCGGCAGUGGCGCCGGUGGUGCCGCCGGCGGUGGCUGUCAGUCGCCCCGGCUGGGUCGAUCGAUUGCUCGCAAGCGAUCCAAAACGAUGAUGGACUUCUGCUAUGCUAAUGCUUCUGCUUCUGCUGCUGCUGCCGCCACUGCUGCUCCUGCUUCUGCUGCUGCUGCUGCUGCUGCUGGUGCUCCCACCGCUGCUGCUGCUGCUGCUGUUGCUGGAGGCAAGCGGCCAUACCUGUUCCUCGACGCAAGCACGAGCAGCAGCAGCUGGAGCCCCCAAGCCCUCCGCGGGGAGGACUCACCACAGCCGUUGCUUAUGGGAGCAGCUGCAGGAGCAGCCGCAGCAGCAAUGCCGCCCAGAUCGGACCGAUUCUUGAGCCGACUCCAGAGCAGCCCGCGUGCUCCCCGGGCGGCAGACUCGCCACUUCGGCCAGAAGCCGCGCCCAGACCUGAUCUGUUUCUGAGCCGUCCCACAAGCAGCUGGUGUGCUCCCGCUCCCGUUCCCCAGUCGGGAGACUCGCCAAUGCUGCUGGCGGGAGCAGCGAGCAGAGCGAGUCAGGGCGCGAGGGAGGGCGGUGGGGAAUCUGGGAUGAACACGAUGCGCGGACAACACGUGGGUGAGGAGGAUUUUGGUGCGUUGCGGUUGAACAAAAGUGUAGGAUUGUCUGCUGAUGCUGGUUUCCCUUCGGCAGCGCUUUCAGCGAUUGCAGCAGCUGCUGCUGCGGCCGCUGCCGCUGCUGGUGGUGGUGCUCGUGCUGGUGGUGCUGGUGGUGCUGGUGGGCCUAUGGGGCCAAUGCACGCAGCCGCAGCUGCACAGGCAGCGGCAAUGAUGAUGUUUGGUAAGCCCUCAACCGCAUCGUCGUCUGUGUUGCAGCAGCAAGGAGGAUCUGGAGGAGGAGGCGGGUGUCUCCAGCAACAGCAACAGCAACGGCAGCACCAGGAGCAGCAGCAGCAGCAGCAGCAGCAGCAGCAGCAGCAGCAGCAGCAGCAGCAGCAGCAGCAGCAGCAGCAGCAGCAGCAGCAGCAGCAGCAGCAGCAGCAGCAGCAGCAGCUUCACCAGCAGCAGCAGCAGCAGCAGCAGCAGCAGCUUCACCACCAGCAGCAGCAGCAGCAGCAGCACAUGCCAGCUUCCCUUGGCGCACGCGCUGUCCUGGCAGGGGGCAAAGAAGGGGCUGCUGGUGAAGGGAAAACUGAUUCUACUCUGCGUAGCACUCACCUGCCCGCUGCUGGGGGUAUGGAGUUGGACCUGAUUGGUCAGUUUGAUGCCGCGGGUUCUAGCUGUAGACAUGCCAUUCCAGGCCCGCAAUUCCCUUCCACAAAAUUGCACUUGUAG